AUGCAUUUUUCCAAUGACGCCUCUCCCCGUCGUCUCACCAGCUCCCAGAAAAGGGCUAAUCAGUGGCGAAGAUGGUCGGAAGAUAUUAUUCCGGCCAUGAUAGUGCCCUACCUAUCAUACAUUCAAGAGACUGUAUCGCUACGUCAUGCCAACACGCCAGCGAUACGUCAUCGGACUGAUGGAGAGUGCGGUACUGGGUGCAGAACUCGCAACAUCAAAGUUGCAUGCGUGUUUUUUGGUGCUUUCGAGGAAAUCGCCAUCAUCGCCUGCCCUUGUUCACCUGCCCCACUUCAGCUUCUUCGUCGCAGGCUUUUUCCAUGCGCGCCCCUGGCACCCUCCCUGGCAGUGGACUUACGACUUCUCGAGUUCGUCCGCCUUCUUUUUCUUCGUCAGUCCCCCAACCAAACGGCGUGGGGUGAUGCGCUGGAGACCUUUCUGGACGGAAUGAAAUAUAAGCUGAGGCUGAAGAAUAGCUUACGGUGUCGCUUCAGCAAUGCGUUCCACUGGUACCAGGUUUUGACCGUAUUGGCUCAGAAUCAUAUCUCUACCCUCGUGGUUGGUUCCCGGACAGAUGGUGCUCGCGUGGACCAACCUAGUGAUUAUCUCCGCUCGCGGUGCCCACUCUGUUUCGGAGGGAACGAUUGGCGAAACGGAGCGAGAGAUUCUCUUCCUAUGCCAGACGUCAUCGUUUGCAUUGACGCGUGCUUCACACAGAAACGCUCUGCAAAUCCUCGCGGUGCUGCUGGUAGCGAUCCUCCCAACCCGACACCAUCCUUCUUUCUACCAACGGACGAUGUGAAAGCAAUGGAAGAUUUUGUUGAAAGGUGUCGCAGAGACAGACGGCAAGCAAGGACCUCGAGGGCAGAACCUGAUGAAGAUGGCUAUGAGGAGGGCAUGCGCAUACCAGUAUCUGUCUUGAACGGAUGUGGCGACUCCUUCAUUGCUGCAGACGAAAAGCGGGAGAAGGCAAGUACUCGUUUCUUUACCGAUACUGGCCUCAUGGCACUGGUUUGUAGGCAUGACCAUGUCCUAUGGAUCGCGAACCUGACAUCCGCGGGAGAAAAGCAGCAUUAUGCGCUUGCUCUCUUGGACCGAUUGUUCAAACAUAUCCCUCCUCAGAUGACCAUCGGGCUCUUGUACGACAUCGGAUGCCAGCUCGAACGGAGCUGUCGCAAGUGGAACUUCAUGGACGAUUCCAUUCUAUCUCGCAUCGCAUUUGCUGUAGCGGUGUUCCAUGCCUAUGGUCACCAGUGGGCGUGUCAGAUUGUUUACCACCCUAGGAAGCGCGAGGGAUUUGGCUUGUCUGAUGGUGAGGGAUGUGAGCGGUUAUGGAGUUUCCUCAAGCCUCUCAUCCCUUCCUUGCGUGUUUCAGGGUUUAAUCAGCGACUUUUUGUCCUCGAUACUCAAAUUCGCCACUUAGACUCGAAAUCGUUGCAAGGAUUUGGACACUGGCUCCAUCGGUGUUGGAUUCACUGUCAAUCGAAGAAGCAUGAUGUGCUGGACCGUUUGCACGCCUUGGAGUUGGACGAGAAUGCGCUCCGUGUAGAGUGGAAGGCCCAGGUUGAUCAUCAGACGCGACCCACACCACGACAAUCUAGAAACAAGGCAGCGGAGGUGAUCACUAUUAUCCUAGCACUAGAAAAGACACUACAAGCUCAGGAGGCCUCCAUACACGAACUCGAGAUGCAACGCCUCGGUGUCCGUGUCCCUAACAUUGGGGAAGUCAAUCUGCAGCUAGUAGAUGCGCGCUCUCGGUAUAAAAAAACCGCUGACACUCUCCGACGUUGUCGAGCGGCACUUGGAACGGAGGACAAGGUCAACCUGGAGAAGAUGAAGAAGGAUACUUACCUUACAGUUCGCUUGAAUGCGCUCGCAAUCAAGACUCGCAUCCGUGAUCGCCUUCGUCAACGAAAGUUCGAAUUGGAGAGACUUGAGAGAUCGUACAGAGCCACAGUCAAUGCUGAGUGUAAGCUUCACACGAAUACACAACACUCAAUCAAACGCCGAGAGCCUGGCAUCCUCAAAUUAAUUACUACCUACAACAGUUUGUGUUCUCAACUACGGUCUCUUAUACAACGGCGACGAGCACCCCCUUCUGCCGUUCCCCCUCAUAUCAUCCCGCGUGACGGCGUCUUUCAGCUCGACGUUGAUGACGACAUCUGGCAAGACGUUGGGCUGGAUGACGACACUUUGAACCCUCCAGCGUGGCUAUCGGAUGACACGGUCAGGAAUGGUAUCCGGUUGCAACUUGAAGUUGAUCGGUGCAAUGAGGAGGAGGCUCGACUGAUGCGGGAGAGGGCCGUCAUUCAAGAGUGGAUGUUAGCAGAGUGGGACAGUACGCAAACUGCCUUGCAUACAGCAGUCGCAGAUCCAGUGAUGUCUUUCCACCUUCGAUCUCGCGCAGAUGAACUUGUCGACAUCUGCGUCAUCUGGAAGAAGAAGGUUCAAAAUAUUCCGUGCGCGUGGCCAACGACUGCGAGUUGGGGACCCUCUGACGAAGCUUUGGUUCAAGCCGCUUAUAAUCAGGCGCGAUCGUCGUUUCGGGGUGAGGAUGAUGACGAGAGUUCGGAAGGAGACAGAGAGGGUGAUUGUGAGAGUGACCUGGAGUAUGGCAAAAUUGAAGAUGAGGAGCUGAUGGAUGCUAUUGAGGAGAUUGCGUUAGCGGAUGAAUAUAGGUAUGGUCAGAAUGCGGAGUUCACGGAUGACUUGGAUGACUUGGAUGACAUUGGUGACGACUUCAUGCCUUCUUCCCCCAUAAAAUCAUUACACAAGUGGCGCAACAUUUAG